UAAUUUUACAGAAAUUCAAUCACAAAAACAUUAAAAAAAAAAACAAAAACAAAAACAAAAGGGAAACAAAUUUUGACAAAUAUAUAUCGAUCUUUGUCUCUCUCUUUCUCCGCCUAAAGAUAAGAUCGAGUUUCGAACAGACCACCAAUUGACUGAAACCGGCGAAAGGUGUUAGGUAUUGUGAGUUAACAUGGCAAUGAUUGAUGAGCCUUUGUAUCCCAUUGCGGUGUUGAUCGAUGAGCUCAAGAAUGAAGAUAUCCAGCUUCGUUUGAACUCGAUCCGUAGGCUUUCUACGAUUGCACGUGCUCUUGGGGAAGAAAGGACACGAAAGGAAUUGAUUCCAUUUCUUAGCGAGAACAAUGAUGAUGAUGAUGAAGUUCUCCUUGCCAUGGCCGAAGAAUUGGGAGUUUUUAUUCCUUAUGUUGGAGGUGUGGAAUAUGCUAAUGUUUUGCUACCUCCGUUGGAGACUCUUUGCACUGUUGAGGAAACCUGUGUGAGGGACAAGGCUGUGGAGUCGUUGUGUAGAAUUGGUGCCCAGUUGAGGGAGCAGGACUUGGUUGAGUCCUUUAUUCCAUUAGUGAAGAGAUUGGCUUCUGGUGAGUGGUUUGCAGCUCGAGUUUCCUCAUGUGGCUUGUUUCAUAUUGCAUACCCAACUGCCCCAGAUGCAUUAAAAACUGAACUAAGAACUAUAUAUGGUCAACUUUGCCAAGAUGACAUGCCCAUGGUUAGGAGAUCUGCAGCAACAAAUCUUGGAAAAUUUGCUGCUUCUGUAGAAGCACCUCAUUUGAAGGUGGAUAUCAUGUCUAUAUUUGAUGAUUUGACGCAGGACGAUCAAGAUUCUGUCCGAUUAUUGGCUGUUGAGGGUUGUGCAGCUCUUGGAAAGUUGUUGGAACCCCAAGAUUGUGUGGCACAUAUUCUCCCUGUAAUAGUUAAUUUCUCCCAGGAUAAGUCUUGGCGUGUCCGUUACAUGGUUGCAAAUCAAUUGUAUGAGCUGUGUGAAGCCGUUGGUCCCGAGCCUACUAGGUCGGACCUAGUACCUGCAUAUGUUCGCCUACUUCGUGAUAAUGAAGCUGAAGUACGGAUAGCUGCUGCUGGAAAAGUAACUAAGUUUUGCCGAAUUCUGAAUCCAGAAUUAACAAUUCAGCAUAUUCUUCCUUGUGUCAAGGAGCUAUCGACGGAUUCAUCCCAGCAUGUUCGAUCUGCUCUAGCUUCAGUUAUAAUGGGAAUGGCACCCAUUUUGGGGAAGGAUGCUACCAUAGAGCAAUUGCUUCCGAUAUUUCUUUCUCUUUUGAAAGAUGAAUUUCCAGAUGUCCGACUGAAUAUCAUUAGCAAGCUUGAUCAAGUCAACCAGGUGAUUGGAAUUGAUCUCCUGUCCCAGUCCCUAUUGCCAGCAAUUGUGGAACUUGCAGAGGAUAGGCACUGGAGGGUUCGGCUUGCAAUAAUAGAAUACAUACCUUUAUUGGCAAGUCAGUUGGGUGUUGGCUUUUUCGAUGACAAACUUGGUGCACUCUGCAUGCAAUGGUUAAAAGAUAAGGUCUAUUCCAUUCGUGAUGCUGCUGCUAAUAAUGUGAAGCGUCUGGCAGAAGAAUUUGGACCAGAUUGGGCAAUGCAGCACAUAGUUCCACAGGUUUUGGACAUGAUUAACAACCCUCAUUAUCUGUAUCGGAUGACCAUUCUACAUGCAAUUUCUCUACUUGCCCCUGUUAUGGGCUCAGAUAUUACUUGUUCAAAACUACUACCUGUGGUUAUUAAUGCUUCAAAAGAUAGGGUACCCAACAUCAAGUUUAAUGUGGCCAAGGUGCUGCAGUCACUUAUACCUAUUGUUGAUCAAUCUGUGGUGGAGAAGACAAUCCGUCCAUGCUUAGUUGAAUUGAGUGAGGAUCCCGAUGUCGAUGUCAGGUUUUUUGCCGGCCAAGCUCUAGAAUCAAGUGAUCAGGUCAUGAUGUCCAGCUAGAUAAUGACAUUAGUCAUUUCUUUUUGUUUCUUCUUAUACCUCCAGUUUUUUUCUUUUUCUUUGUAAUGGUAUUUUUUUUAUCCUUGAAAAUUCAGAAACCCACUUGCAGAUACAGGUAAUUUUUUGUUUGACGUGCUGAGUUCCUUUAUUGUUUU